AGCCACCAAAUGAAUGGUGGUGUGAAGUAGAAAAUAGAAAGUCAUUCAUUUGCAGCAUUCCCAUGGCCUUAUCCUCACUAUCCCCUCCAUUAACACAUAUUGCUUCAACGAAACUUCAUCUCUCUUUCCCUUGUAUCGUAAAUCCUCAUCCUCAUUCUCAUUCCCAUAAUUAUACCAACAUUUCUCCUCUCAAUAAAAAAUGGCAGACCAACGUUUCUUUCUUCCCUUCUUUCUUCAACAAGAAGACCAAAGACCCUAUACCCAUUAAACAAGAGCUUCUUCAAGCCAUUGAACCUCUUGAUCGUGGCGCUGACGCCACUCCUCAAGACCAGCAGAUAAUUGAUCAGAUUGCUUGCAGACUUGAAGCUUGCAAUCCAACAAAGGAGCCCCUCAACUCAACUCUGCUUAAUGGAAAAUGGGAACUUAUAUACACUACAUCAAAGUCUAUUUUACAGAUUCAGAGACCCAAGAUUUUGCGAUCUAGAUUGAACUAUCAAGCAAUAAAUGUAGAUACACUUCGGGCUCAGAAUAUGGAAGGAUGGCCCUUCUUCAACCAGGUAUUUGAUUUGGAAUCAAUUUUUUUUUUGACAUACCCAACAAUGUUAUUAGUUGCCUUUAAUGCCAUAUUCCCACACACACUUCGGAUUACAUUUUCCUUCAGCUGUGUUACAGUAAAUUUUGAUUGUACUGUUCCAAACUUAUGUCACCACAUUCUAAUUUUUUAUCCAAUUUUUGACAGGGUAUCAAGAGGUGAUCUUGGCAACUUGUUCAUUUUGAAAAUGGUUGACCCUUCUUACAAGGUCCCUACUUGAGAUUGCUACUAUCAACUUUAUAGAGUUACUAAUUAGUGUCACACCUUAUAUUAUAAUAUUAUAUGCCAUAUGCCAAGUCUGUGCAAAGGAUUCACAAGGAUUUUCUCUCUUCAAUUUAACUGUACAAAAUUGCAUUAAAAAACUAAGUAAUUUCAAACUUGUGUAUAUGCAGCUUUAUCAAAAUUUCUUGUCAUAAUCAACAUGACCUAGUGUUGUGUACAAAAAACACUUUUUUCUUCUCUUCA